AAAAAAUUAAUUACUACAAAAAAAAAGUCAUUAGGGCGAACAAAAUACGGAGCUUAAAUACAACUGAGAGAAUCCAAAUCUUGUAAUCACUAAUUAAACAAAAAGGCUACUAGAGGAACAUAUUUCACAAUCCUAGAGGGAAACUCGUUUAAAUAGCUAGUGGCACUGUCUCUCCAGACGCCGGCCGCUCUCUCUCUCUCUCUCCCCCCGAAUGGUCAGUGAAUUCCAUCACUGAGAGCUCAAACCGCCUGACCAUUACUCUCUCUCUCUCUUCUCAGAGACGCAUCCGAGAAGAUAAGAAGGAACAAGGAAGAGAUAAGAAGGAAGAACACAAGUGGUUCCGCCAUGGUGGGUGUCUUGAUAUUUGGUUUUCUCGUACUGAAACUCUUUUUUUUUUUCUGAUGGGUUUUUUGGUGGAAGAACAAAAAUGGGAAAUUGAAAUGAAAGGUCGAAACUUGGCGUGAAUGAUGCAGUUGGGAUCUGGGGAGAAUCCCGCAUGGCUUGGGGUGUUACUGAAGGAGAAGUUCUUCAACGCUUGUUUGGUCCAUGAAGAAGACAAGAAGAACGAGAAGAACAUUCUCUGCCUUGACUGCUGUCUCACCAUCUGCCCUCACUGCUUCACCUCCCACACCUCUCACCGUCUUCUCCAGAUAAGAAGGUAUGUUUAUCACGACGUCUUGAGGCUGGAGGACGCUUCAAGCUUGAUGGACUGCUCUUUUAUCCAGUCAUACAUCACGAACAGCGCAAAAGUGGUAUUCAUCAACCAAAGGCCGCCGACAAGACAGUUCAGGGUAACCGGCAACAUUUGCUGCACCUGCGAGCGAAGCCUCCAAUCUCCGUAUCUCUUCUGUUCCAUCUCCUGCAAGAUUAAUGACGUCACGAAACGACAAGGCGACCUCUCAGGGUUUCUUCGUGAUUGCAAGUUUCUCCCUUUAACGGAAAAUGCAUUAGACGAAGGUCUGAUGACGCCGGACUCCACUCUCGAACCGGUCGGGUCGAACCGGACGUCUUCCGGGUCGGGCGGAAACGACGGCGUAGUCUGGUGCAGGACCCUCGUCUGCACCGCCGCGACCACCGAGAUCGUGCGGAGAAAGAGAAGCAGCUUGGGCGCGUCUUGCCGGAGAAUCACGGCGGAAUCUUCGCCGGCUCCGGGAGGUCAGGCGAGUUUCUUGAACCGGCGAAAGAAUACUCCGCCGCAACGGGCUCCGCUCUAUUAAGGAUUCUAGGUUAUACGGACGGAAUAGCGAGAUGGCGAGCAUAAAGAAGUAUAAUACACGUGGAGUAGUCGGUAUAUUAAUUUUUAUAUAUCUGAAUUUAUUGGCAGAAAAAAAAAAGAUACGGAAAGAUCUCAGCCGAUUGAUUUUGUCAAAAUCUUUUUGUUGGCCACGUAGAUCGACGAGUUCCACGAAUACUUUUCAACGAUUUAAUACUAUGAGUUGGGCUUUUAGGUGAGGAAAUUAGUGUUUGGGGGCACAUUGUUACA